GUGCAGCACAUGCUAUGAAGCACCAUGGAUCAACUCCAGAAGAGGAAUGUAACUUUCAUCACUAUCGGACUAAUGUUCAUGCUUAGUGGCAUCGAGUAUGCUGUCAUUCUGCCGACCAUAUGGCGUUAUCUCCAGAUCUUGGAUGCCCCGCCGUACUUUUUGGGUCUGGGUCUGUCUGCUUUCAGUUUGAGCAGCCUUCUCAGCGGUCCGGUCUUCGGGUGCUGGUCAGACCGCAGUGGAACCACCAAGUCUAUUGUUCUUUUCUCCAAUCUUUUUGAGGUUGCCGGUAACUUCAUGUAUUUCAUUGGCUAUUCAAAGUGGUUGUUGCUAUGUAGCCGUCUGGUGGCAGGUGUCGGUGCAGGAGCCGGAUCCUCCAUCUUUUGUUACAUCACCAGGACCACGCGGCCCGAUGAGCGAGCGAGUAUCUUUGCAGCCAUCAUGGCUUGUCGACAAGUUGGUCUCCUUGUGGGGCCAGCCUUCAACCUGUUCCUGCGGCUGUGUGAUUUCAAACUUGGACCCUUUGUUGUGAACAAGUUUACAUCUCCUGGGAUCUUCAUGUGUGUGUUGUGGGCGCUGCAGCAGUCGGUGGUCCUGGCUAUGUACUGGGACGUGGCGGCUAUCGGCGCCACCGAGGGGGAAGUGCUGAUGGUGGACCUGCAGGACGAAGGUGAAGACGUGGCCCUGAUGGGGUCCGACGACGAGCAGGUGCACACCUACAGAGCCGUCGCCUCCCACCAACCGGAGACCCCCACUCCCAGCUCGUCUGAAACGAGACGCGAGGGCUCCUCGGCUGAUCCCGAGCCCUUCAAAAACUUCAGCGCCAGCAAAGAGUUCCUGAGGGAGGAGGUGAUUGUUCUCCUCACCGCUCAGUUCAUCACUCUCUUCAAUCAGACUGCGCUGGAGACCAUGGUGACUCCUCUGACGCAGCGCUACUUUGGCUUUGGCGAGCUGGGCAACAGUGUGAUGUACAGCCUGUGCGGGGUGGAGGUCAUCCUGGGCUUCCUCUUUGUUCGCUGGCUGAGCGGGAAGGUGGCGGACCGUGCGGUGCUGGCUGCGGGCCUGGUCAUCUGUUGCGCCGCCUGCGUCUGGUGCCUCGUGUUCCUCUGCAACCUCCAAGGUGGCUACGAGUGGAAGCUGUCGGCCUUCGUCAUCGGGGUGUUCCUGCAGCUGCUGGGGCUCCCUUUUGUUGCCGUGUCCCAGGUGUCUCUGUUCUCCAAAGUCACGGCAGAGAAAACACAAGGAUUCAGUCAAGGCAUUAGACGAUCGGUGGGGGGCCUCGCCACCAUCAUGGGCCCCUUGUGGGCUGGAGGAUUGACCAAUCAUCUCUACAUAAUGAUAGGCAUGAUGCUGGCUCUCCUCUUGAUGGUCUCAGUAAUGACGGCGUUGUCAUAUGGCCGCCUGACUCAGCCCAGAGCGGUGCAGUGUGCCCACAGCUCUGACAGCGGAGGGUAG